UAGACCAGACCUUGAAUAUAUAGAAGAGCAGCGCGGCCUGAACCACAACUGAGCCGCAGCCGGCCCGGUGCAACAUGGGCGCGGACAAUUCAAAGCAAGUUGGACCCUCACACAAAAAAGGUCAGGACCACAGACUGAGAGCAGAGUCUCCAGGGUCCAGCUGUCUGUCUCUGAAGAGUGACUGGUCCAAACAACGUCUUCCUCCACUCUUAAGUAAUGAACCUGGACCCUCAAACACAGAGGAGAGGAAGAGGAGUCAUGUUUCUGAGGAGGAGCAGUCGUCCUGCUGUGCUUCGUGUCAGGACGUCCUGAAGGAUCCAGUCUCCACCAGCUGUGGACACUGGUUCUGCAGACAGUGCAUCACCUCAUACUGGGACCAGUCUGGUUCUUCAGGAGACUCCUCCUGUCCCCAGUGUGGACAAAGAUCCAGAACAGGAGCUGGAGCUCAGACAGCCGAUCGUGGUCUGCAGGAGGUUUCAAGAAAACAUCAGCUCAGUCUGAGGAGGAGAUAUGAACAUGUGACUGAAGGAAGUGAUAAAACAGGAAGUGAUGAAACAGGAAGUAGAACCCUCCUCAACAGGAUCUACACUGAGCUCUACAUCACAGAGGGACAGAAUGAAGAGGUUAAUACUCAACAUGAGGUGAGGCAGCUUGAGACGGCUUCCAAGAAGAAGAUCCUCCACGACACUCCCAUCAGGUGCCACGACAUCUUUAAAGCCUCCACUGACCAGCAGAGACGCAUCAGAGUCGUCCUGACCAACGGCGUCGCUGGCGUUGGAAAAACCUUCUCGGUGCAGAAGUUCACUCUGGACUGGGCAGAGGGUUUAGAGAACCAGGAUGUGGGUCUGCUGACUGUGCUUUCGUUCAGGGAGCUGAACCUGGUGAAGGACCAGCAGCACAGUCUCCUCACGCUGCUCCGUGUUUUCCAUCCAGCGUUACAGAAGCUCACGGCAGAGACGCUCGCUGUCUGUAAACCUUUGUUCAUCUUUGACGGCCUGGAUGAAAGCAGACCUUCUCUGGACUUCAACCACAGGGAGCUUGUGUCUGAGGUCACACAGAGGUCAUCAGUCAACGUGCUGCUGACAAACCUCAUCCGUGGGAAUCUGCUUCCCUCGGCUCUCGUCUGGAUAACCUCCAGACCUGCGGCGGCCAAUCAGAUUCCUCCUGCAUGUGUCGACAGGGUCACAGAAGUACGAGGCUUCACUGAGGCCCAGAAGGAGAAGUACUUCAGGAGGAGAUUCAGUGAUGAAGAGCUGUGCAGCAGAAUCAUAUCACACAUCAAGACGUCCAGGAGCCUCCACAUCAUGUGUCAAAUCCCAGUCUUCUGCUGGAUCAGUGCUACAGUUCUGGAGCACAUGUUGACCACAGACCAGAGAGGAGAGCUGCCCAAGACCCUGACUGAGCUGUACUCACACUUCCUGCUGGUUCAGACAAAGAGGAAGAACAACAAGUACGGUGAGGGACAUGAGACGAGUCCACAGCAGCUGACGGAGGCUGACAGGGAUGUUCUCCUGAAGCUGGGGAGGCUGGCUCUUAAACAUCUGGAGGAAGGAAACAUCAUGUUCUACCAAGAAGACCUGGAGCUGUGUGGUCUCAAUGUCACAGAGGCCUCGGUGUACUCAGGAGUUUGUACUGAGAUCUUCAGAAGAGAGGGUGUGAUCUUCCAGAAAUCAGUCUACUGCUUUGUUCAUCUGAGCGUUCAGGAGUUUCUGGCUGCAGUCUACAUGUUCCACUGUUACACCGAGAGGAACACAGAAGAACUCAAGAACUUCUUGGGAACAUAUGGGAACACAGACAGUAGCUUCUCCCUGGAUGUCCUCCUGAAGAGAACCAUGGAGAAAUCCCUCUCCAGUACAAAUGGUCAUCUUGACCUGUUUGUUCGCUUCCUUCACGGCCUCAGUCUGGAGUCCAACCAGAGAGUCUUAGGAGGCCUGCUGGGUCGGAGAGAGAACAAUCCAGAGAUCAUCCAGAGAGUCAUCAACAACCUGAAGGAGAUGGAGAGUGGUGGUUCUCCUGACAGAAGCAUCAACAUCUUCCACUGUCUGACUGAGAUGAACGACCACUCAGUUCAUCAGCAGAUGAAACAGGUCGAGUGA